AUGCAGAUAGGACAGGGCGCUGACCUCUCUUUGCACUGGCCCUUCUACGGCCUCUGGGUCCGCAUCGUUGUGGCCAUUAUGACCGGACUCGCCUCUCUCUUCAGCUACCGGGGUAUCUGCUGGUUCCCGCUUUCGGGUUGGCCAGUCACCAGGCAGGCAGACCGCCCGGUGCAGGAGUACGUCUCCUCCGACAGUCCCUCCACCGGCCGGACAAACCCCGGAGGCGAAAUGGGAAGGGAAAGGAGACCCUCAGAGACCAUUGCUCUUAGCAGAAACAGGGUGCUGUACCGCCACCGGGACUCGCUGUUGCCCCUGAAAUGGAAAGUCGCACACACCUCCCGCUGGAAGGCGCAGGUGCUCGCCUCAGUGCUCAGCCUCAUCGCCUUGUCCCUGUUGCUGAUCAUGGCCUUCUCCAAAGCGUGGCUGUACCCCUCCACCAUCCGCUUCUUCAAGCGCUGGCCUGCGGAUGUCACAGAGCACAUCUACACAUCUACCCACAUCAUGGCCCGGGGGCUCCUGCAGAUCUGCAUAUUCCAGACCUGCUUCUCCUCAAGGGAUGAGGAAGACAAUUUGGAGCUGUGGACAGAGCACCCGUUCUUUGGGGUGGCCAAGAUCACCUUCAGCCUGUCGCUGAUGCUGGGCUUCUUCUACACCAUCUGGCUGUACCUGCCGUACAUCCCUGGGCUGCAGCGAGUGCCCUUCUUUGGCUUGGUUGGGUGCAUCAUCAGCGUCUGUGAAGUUGCCUUGCUUUUCUCCGGCCUCCUGCUGUUUCCGAUUGAUGUCUGGCUCUACGAGGUGGAGAAGAAUUUUUCAAUCCACAUCGGGUGGAGCUAUUUUAUUGGCUGGGUGGUGUUUAUCUUAUAUCUCAUCUGUGCGUUCCUCUGCUACUUCAACAAUAAAAGAUUCUGGAGUCUGAUUCUGAGCAGUGCGUCUUCCACCCUGUCCUUCAGCAGCAGCAGCAUUUGGGAGCCUUUUGGCACCCUUUGGUCCCCACACCUGCCCAAGCCCUCCCACAGCACCCUGUACACGGACGGGCAAAUACCUCUCAAGAGUUAA